AUGGAUCCUCCUUGUCAUGAAUGCAUCAAAGGCACAAUCCACAAAGGCCAACCCCAAGGCAAAGAAGAACUCAUCCACAACCUCAACACCUAUGUCAUCGGCAAUCGCACCAACCCCAAAGCCAUCAUAGUCAUGUACUCUGAUAUUUUCGGCCUCCCCCUCCCAAACAACCGCCUCAUCGCGGAUGCAUACGCCAAAUCCGGUGACUACCUAGUCUACCUACCCGACUUCUUCGAGGGCGACCCAGUCCCUCUGAAAGCCGCUGAUAUUCUCAUCCCCGUCGACCCUUCCAAGCUGUCCACGUUUUCCAAGUACGGCGGCAUGCUGGCCUCUGCACCCUCGUUCAUGAUGUGGUUGACGAGACAUAAAGACGGUCCUACAAACAAAACAUGCAUGGAUUUUCUAGAGGCGCUGCGUCGCGAGAAUCCCCAUACUAAAGUUGGCAUGGUUGGCUUCUGCUGGGGAGGGAGGUAUGCUAUUCGCGCCGCAAGGGAAGAGAACAUGAUUGAGAUUGGGGGAACGAAGAAGCCUCUUGUGGAUGCGGUGGUUGCAUUGCAUCCCAGCAACUUGGCAUUUCCGGAUGACGUUGCAAAGCCAGUUGUACCGGUCAGUAUUGGCUGGGGUCUGGAGGACGUUGGUGUGAAGAUUGAGCAGAAGGGUAAGGUGGAGGCGAUUCAUGACGCUGAGAGGAAGACCGGAAGGGAAAUGCCAGAGCUGGAGAAUAGGUUGUAUGAGCCGGGGAGGCAUGGAUUCGCGGUGAGAGGAAAUCCGGAUGAUCCAAAGGAGAGGAAGGCGUUGGAGGAUUCGGUGACGCAGGUGUUGGAUUGGUUUGGAAAGUUUUUAUAG